UACAAUGUGCAUAAAAUUAAACACAUGUAUUAGGAUCCUAAGCAAACAAUCAAUUUCCCUUUAUAAAACCAACUCAUCCCUCAACUUCUUCAUCAAAAUCUCAAAACUCAAACAAACAAAAAAACUCAGAAGUUACAAGAAAAGAAAAGAAAAGAAAGCAAACACUCAAGAAUCGAAGGAAAGAGAUAAGCCAUGGGAAGAGAUCACGAAGGAAGCCCUCCAGUUCCACUACAUCUCUGCGUCUUCGUCCUCAUCCUCUUAAUGUUCGUAACGAUUUCGUGGUAUGCGAGUUACGAGCCAAUAAUAGAAGGUCUUACAGACCAGCUCAAGCUUGCUCUCAUGGCUUCUCCUCUGUUGUUGCUCUUGGCCGUUCAUUUUCUAUCCAACGGCGAAGGAGGAGGGAUGGUGACGUCACUGAUACCUUUGAACGAGAGAGAGUCUUUGUAUAGAGCUGGAGGAACGCCGUGGGGAGUGGCAUUCAUGCUUGUCUUCCUCUUCUUCAUGGUUUCGUAUCAAUCUCAGUUUCAAGAACGUUGGUUUCCUCUAAGAUGAAAAAGGAAUCGUGUGUCUUUUUAUUUCACUUUCUUGACUUUCUCAUUGAAUCUAGUAUAAUUGAUUCAUGAUAAUGUAUGUUUAAUAUUUAUAUGAUCUUCUUAUUUACCAUAGCAUUUUAUGUA